AUGGGGCAUUGCACCUGUGGCACAGGCGCGCGGGCGACGAUCUUCGCCUUCUCCCUGGGCAGCAGCGCGGACGGCUCCCUCCCGCGGCAGGUGGCCUGCGCCAGCGGCGGCGCCUGGGGGUCCAUAGGCGACGGCGACGACCCGCUCACCGCCAUGAGCACGUACUACACCUACAUCGCCUCGGGCCGCCACGCCUCCGGCGACGUCUCCCGCUCCACGCCCGUGUGGUCCAACCCCUAUGAAGACGACGGCGGCCUGGGCACCUUAACCACUGUGGCGCGGCCGAUAUACAGCCCCCGGGGGGCGGAGGGCGUGCCUGGGGUGCUGGUGGGAGUGGUUGGGCACGACGUGCCCAUCGGGGACCUGGAGAGGGAGGGGGACAGCCACGCCGCGGUGCUGGACGGGCUGGUGGCGCGGUCCAGCCGGUGCGCGCCGCUGGUGGCGACGCCGUGCCAGCUGCAGGUGCACAGGAGCCACUCCGCCGACGAGGCGACCUGCUCGGAUGCGCCGCCGGCGUCCGGCUGCUACAGGUACAGAUCCGCGUACUACCGAGUGCCCAGCGACAGACUGAACUGGGACGCCUCCGCGGCGUCCUGCCGCUCGGCGGGCGGCGCCCUGGCCUCCGUCCGCAACGCCGCCGAGCUGCGCUUCGUGUCCGGCAUCGCCCCACCGGAUGGCGCCUGGCUGGGCGCGCGCCGGCCCUCCCCAAACGCGGACGCAUUUUCCUGGCAGGAUGAAGGCCUUGAGGCCCUGCGGCCCGAUUCCGACUACUGGGGCCUGGGCGAGCCCAACAACUACGGCGGGUCGGAGGCCUGCGCGGACGUCGACCGCCGGGGGGCCUCCCGCAACAUGAACGACGAGGACUGCUCGAAGGAGCAGCGUUACGUGUGUGAGUUCGCUGCCCGACCCGCGGGGUGCGCGAACGUGACGCUCGUGGACGACGGCGCCUUUUUCGUCCACCCGCCGGUGAGCCUGUGCGUCGACGAGGAGAACGUGGUGGCGGACACGGCGCCGGUGGCGGGCGCCGCGCGGUUGAGCAGCGCGGACGCGGUGUGUGAGUUUGGGGAGUUCAGGCCCACCGAAGAGGUGGCGUGCUGCGCGGAUUGCCUGAAGGGAAGCGCCACACAAGUGGGGGCGAUUGUGGGUGGCGUGGUCGGCGGGCUGCUGGGCGCGGCGAUCUGCGGCGGCGUCUGUUUCGGGAUCUACAAGUGCUGUAAGCCCAGCGCCCACGCGCGGCCCGCAAGGGGGACGCCGACUGGGGCGUCUUCCGCUCCGCUCGUACAGCAGUUGCCAGCAGCGCCGCCGAAUCAUCAGCCGUUCCCUGCGGCCCCCGUGGGCCCCAUCCCGCAGCCCUAUCCAGCCGACCAGGGGACUCCCGCCGCUCAGCCGUUCCCCGCGCCAGGGUGGGCGAAGGGUGGGGCCGCUCAGCCAUCGGCGCCGCCUCUACAGCCGCCGGCUUACGCCUUUUGA